CAUUGAUAAUGGAUGGCCUUGAUAAUUCAAAAUAAAUAACCUCCAAAUGUCUAGACUAGAAACUUAGGUUGGAAAGUUGCACUAUUUACUGUUAAAGUUCAUAAUAUUUUGGCAAGCAUAUUAAUCUAAAUGUGAUGCAUUUGAAAUAGAUGAAUGCUGUAAUCCACAGUUUUAGUUGCACAAAAUGUGGCACAACAAGCUGCUGUUACUUACAAAUGGUUUGGGGUUUCAUACAUCGUGUCAGUGUGCCUCAAAGGCCGGCAAAGUUUUGAAGAAACUCAUGGUGGGAACUAAGAAAAGCAAAAAAUACUUUGUGGACAAUGGCAAUCCGAUGCUUCCGUCUGCAAAUAGUCUUUUCGGAAAAAACUCUGUUGCUUCUCUGGAAACGCAGAUCACUGGCAAUCCCAGAAGGAAUAACAUGUUAAAUAAGCUGUUUAUGCGGUAUAUUACCGAUAUUAUGGCCACUGGGGAAUAUUCCUCAGAAAUAUUAGGGUUUGGAAUUGAAAUAAACAAGGUGAAAGUUAGUCCUGACUACAAGAUCCUCAAUGUGUACUGGAUAGCUAAAGAGUCGGAAUCUCCGGAGAAAAUCGACCAAUUACUAAAAAAGAAUGCAGGAUUCCUGAGACACGAGCUUUCAUCGCUCAAUCUAAUGGGCAAUGUGCCCAAUAUUAUUUUCGUAAGAGACAGAAAUUACAAUAAAUUUGGCGAUGUUCAGCAGUUAUUGGCUAAGGCAGACUUCGGAGAAGAUUAUGUGCCUGAGGAAGCGGAAGCCUACAAACCUGAGGUUCAAAUGAUGGUGACCUCACUGGAACCUGAAGUGAAGAUUAAACUGAAAGCCUUAGAAGCAAGUACCGAACCGGAAGACGAUCAGACCUUUACAGUGCCACCCAUGCCGCAGAAUGUGCUAGGCUUGGACCAUGCAGCCAUUUUCAAAAGAGUUACAAAAGGCCUUUCGAUGUCAAGAGCUGAACAUAGAACUGUGGAUACCACUGACUGGAUGAAAUGGAGCCAGUUCAAAGAAAUCCAACCAAUCAAUCAAGACCCUGUGAGCUUUGCUAACCAUCAAGAGCAAAGAAAGGCUUUUAAGAUGUUUUUGCAGCAGAGGCAGUUGUUGAGAAAAAAAAUUUACAAAAUGGACAAACACUGGACAGCCGAUAAGGAAUACUUAGAGGAGGAAUUCAGACAAAAAUACGAGGCGCAAUGCUCGAUUGACUACCCAAAUGAGACUGUUGGUGACUAUGAUUUUGAAGAUGUGGUGGAUGAGGAUAGCGACUUCAAAUAACGUGCAGGAAAUUGUUCUACAUUUGCUAAUCGGAAAAAUAAAACACCAACAGUUGUAAAAAAUGAGAUUCUUUAAGA